UUUUCUCAUGCAAGCCAAGCACUUUCCUCUCUUUCUUGGAAGCCCACAUAAUGUGAAAAGCAUUAGUUCAAAACGAAGGAAACCCACAUAUUGUGAAAAGCAUUAGUUCAAAACAAAGGAAACUCACAUCGAUCUUCAUCACUGAGACAGCAGAAUAAAAGGAUAAAGACGGGGCAAGGAUCUUAUUUCUUGUGGGAUUUCAGAAGGAAAUAAAAUAAUGGGGUUCAAGAAACUGGGUUUGUUCCUUUUCGUGAUAAUCUUGUUUCCGAUUCAUCCCCUGCUAAAUACCUACACUGCUGCUACUGGGCUCCAGCCGCUGGUCUCGGUAAAGAGGAAGGGUGGAGGCGGUGGUGGCCAUGGAGCCGGAAGCGAAGCGCAUGGUGGAGAGGCUAGAGGUAAUGGUGAUGAGGGACAUGGUACAACUGUAGUCCCUUUGUACGCUGCUGGGGCUAUGUACCAUCACCAGAAUCAUGGUUCUAAUGAAGGCUCCCGGAAAUAUGCUGGUUCCAGUUAUUUGGUUCUAGCAGCCUUGGUUGUUUGUCUUCUCCGGGGUCUGUUUGGAAGGGGCUAGGACAUGGGAAGGAUAAGAAAGGGUAAGAAAGGGUAAGGUAGGAGAAAGAAAGAUAAAGGGUACAAGAAUGAAAAAAAUUUUCAUAUUUGGGGGGAGGUGAAUUAAGGAAAUGGUAAAAAGAGAGAGUAAUGUAUAUUUUUUUUUUAUGUUUAGAAAGAAGUGAAUGAAGCUAAACUUAAAGGCUAUAGAAAUAAAAAUAAUUAUAAUUUUUACCUCUCCUUUUAACUCUUCCUUAAGCUUUAAUUUAAUUUGAGGUGUAAGAAAAAUUGAGAUUUGAGAGAUAUGAGAGAGCAAGAUUUACUCUGUUUAUCAUUGCUCUUCAUUAAUUCAUCCAUUUUCAAAUAGGGAGACAAAAUUUAAUUAUCCCUCCUUACCCUUAUUUACCCCCUCCACCCUCAUCCAAACAAACGUAUUGCGCACAGCUUGCAGAAGUGGUGUUUAUUGUCUAGAGAUGAUCACGAUUACUUGUUAGUCUUCUACUCUUUGUACGAUCACUUGUUUGUUCUAUCCUUAUCAUGCUGUUGUAAAUCUCUUUUAAUUAGUCUUCUAUGCCAAGCUCUUAAUUUGUAACCCAUAAAUACAAUUAUAUCAAAACAUAGAGAAAACGUCAUCGCUUCAUCCAUAUACAAGACUCUGCUUUUACAUUUAUAUUGUCAAAAAUACUACAAUCACGACCAGAUUUUGAUGUGUAAUCUUGUGUGUUUUUCCCCCUACGGCUGACUUCUGAACAAAAUAUAUUAAUCACUUCCGAUUGGCUCAAGAACUUGAUGAUAUUUCAUAAUUUUUGGCAUACUGAAGAGAGAGAUAGAGAGAGA